AUGACGAAUAAACGUUGGAAUGAUGACAUCGCUUACGUUUUCUCUACUCAUAGACUAUUCCUAAAAGUAUACGGUUUGUGGCCAUUACAGAAGCAGACAGUAUUCACGAAGAUACAAUGGGGCUUUUGUUUGAUUGCACAGUUUAUGGUACUACCUUGUCUGACGACGGAGCUCCUCUGGAGCAACAAGGAUGCCAGCUCAAAUAUAGAAAGUAUAAUAUUCUUUGCGUCUACUUCGACUGGAAUUAUAAAAAAUCUGUGUUUUAUUGUCAGUCAAAAGAGGCUGAGUAUGAACAUUAAUGCUGCUAUUGAUGAUUGGUUAUCUGUUAAAAAUAAUGUGGAAACUAGGAAGAUUAUGAAGAAGUUUGCGGUUAAAGCCAAAAUACUCACCUUUACGUUAUUAUACUCGUUGUAUGUGUGCCUUGGCAUGUAUAUAGCAGUCAUCAUAUUCAUUAAUCUCAAGCAGAUAUUCUUCACAGACAUGAAUUUAGUGAAUGUUAAUACAACAAAUUGGUUGCUUCUCAUUCCAUCUGGUCCAUUGAGUCAGUUGAUUACUGGUCCACAGUAUGCGAUAAUCAUUACUAUCCAGAUUGUUCAAUCAAGCGUAUUAUCUUUCUUAUUAUUUACCGUGGAUAGUUUCUUCUUCAACGUUACAAUACAUCUUACCGGUCAACUUGAAGUGCUAAAAAAUAAUUUCAAGACGUUUACCAACGAGCCGAACAGCAAGGCAAAUUAUAGAAAGAAAUUCGUUAGCUUGGUUAACAGGCACAGCCUGUUAAUGGAAUUGUAUCAAAAUUUGGAAGAUACUUUUCAUUUUCUUAUAUUAUAUCAAAUUGUGAUAGUGACAGUUUUGCUUGCAUUAGUAGGAUUGCGUUUAAAUAUUUGUAUAAAUGAGAAAAAUCAUGUUGAAGCAACAAAAAGUGUUUUUCUCUUGAACUAUUUAGUAAUGCAAUCGUUGGUAUAUACCUAUGGUGGUGAAUUCUUGCAAAAGGAAAGCGAAGAUAUAUUUUAUAUGUUGUAUACAACUUCUUGGUUCACACUUCCUUCAGCAUUGAUGAAAGACGUGCAUUUCGCGAUGAUGAGAUCGAGUAUUCCGUUCCGCUUAACUGGCGGAAAAUUUUUCUAUGUUAAUCGCGAAACUAUGAUGUAUAUCCUUAAGACAGCGGCCUCAUAUAUUUCAGUAUUAAGAAUAGCGUUAAGAAAUACAUACGCCAUGAAACAUCUUUUCAUCGUUGUUUUGUUACUGCAGCUAUUUCUUUACUACUUCGCCGGACAGACGUUGGAAUUACAAUCACAAGGACUAGCUUCUACGAUUUAUGACUCACUAUGGUACACAAGAAUGCGUAUAAUUAUGUCCAUUAAGAAUCACGAUUAUACUAAUGUAUUAAAGAGUAUGUUAUCCGCCCAAUUGUUUAUCGUACAAUCAUUUUUGUUUACGCAUGCGGGUGAAACUUUACGCAAACAAAGCGAAUCGAUUUUUUCGGCUAUAUAUAACACAACGUGGCACAACAUGUCGCCCUCUAUAAUAAAGGAUUUCAUACUUAUUAUGAUGAGGACGAAGAUCCCUCUUCAACUUACUGCUGGAAAAUUUUUUUAUAUUACUCGAAGGACUACGACAGACAUUUUAAAAACUGCCUUGACUUACAUAUCGUUUUUACGAGUAACAAUGGAAGAAUAG